UCUCAAGCUCAUAAUAUGGCAGGCACUAGAGUGUUAGCUCUUGGCUUCAUUGCUCUAAUGACUCUAGGAUUAGCCAAUGCUGUGAGAGUGUCUCGACUCUCUAAUUCUGAUGGCACUGGCGCAGGAGGGGGUGGGGGUGGUGGCUAUCUAAACGGUGGAGGGUCUGGGUUUGGUAGUGGUGCUGGGUCUGCUCAGAGUGGGAAUCCUUUUGGUUCCUAUGCAACUGCUGUAGCUGGAGGAGGUAGUUCUAGCACUAGUCAGGAUGGUGGAUCCGGAAACGGCGCGGGUGGCGGAUCUGCUUCUGGAGCUGGGGAAAAUAUUGAUACUGUAUCCACUGGUUAUGGUGGAUCCACUAGCGCUGCUGGUAAUGGUGGCGGUGGUGGAGGAGGACAAGCCGGGGGUUCGUAUGGAUCUUACGGUCAAGGAGGUGGUGGUGGCACCGGAUCAGGUUCUGGUAUGGCUAACACGUAUGUGUUUGUUCCAAUAACUGAGGCAGAAGGAAAUGCGAAAGGAAAUGGUGGUGGUAAUGGUACUGGGCAAAAUGGUGGGAAUGGUAACGGUGGAGGUGGUGGAUCUGGGUAUGCUAAAGCACAUCCAUAGAAUUUUUAUUGUACAACCGAUGCGUAGGAUGUUACCUAAGUCAACUAAGUCAGUGUCAUAAGCUGAUGUAUGAAAUUUGUACUUUUGCUCGAAAAUGCAUCAGUAAGUAUCAAUAAAUAAAUUUCUCCAGCGUUUUAGGUUCAUAAA